CCCCCCACCCGCUCCCCAUGGCGUCCCGUGGCCGCUCUCGGGGCCGUGGGGCGCUGACGUUCAGCACGGAGGCGGUGGGCAUCGGGAAGGGCGACGCGCUGCCACCCCCCACCCUGCAGCCCUCCCCGUUGUUCCCGGCUGUGGAAUGCCGCGCUGUGCCGCUGCCGGGGGGAGAGGAGGUGGAAUAUAUGCUGGCCCUGAAGCAGGAGCUGCGCGGGGCCAUGAAGGGGCUCCCCUAUUUCGUCCGACCCGGAGCCCCCCAUAGAGGUAUGGGGCGGACC